AACCCAGCUGCAGCCAAUCAGACACAUCCAGCCCCCUCAAGCCCCAUCAAACCUCCAACAGCCACGCUCGUCAAACUCACCAAAGAGACCCCUAAGCCUACUCUGAAAGCCCUAAGCCCAACUAUAGCCAAUCAGACACAUCCAGCCCCCUCAAGCCCCAUCAAACCUCCAACAGCCACGCUCGUCAAACUCACCAAAGAGACCCCUAAGCCUACUCUGAAAGCCCUAAGCCCAACUAUAGCCAAUCAGACACAUCCAGCCCCCUCAAGCCCCAUCAAACCUCCAACAGCCACGCUCGUGAAAGUCACCAAAGAGACCCCUAAGCCUACUCUGAAAGCCCUAAGCCCAACUAUAGCCAAUCAGAUUAAUCCAGCCCCCCUCAAACCUCCAACAGCCACGUUUAUCAAACUCACCAAAGAGACCCCUAAGCCCACUGUGAAAGCCCUAAGCCCAACUGCAGGCACUGAGACACAUCCAGCCCCCUCUACCCCCCUCAAACCUCCAACAGCCACGCUCGUCAAACUCACCAAAGAGACCCCUAAGCCCACUCCGAAAGCCCUAAACCCAACUAUACCCAAUCAGAUUAAUCAAGCCCCCUCAACCCCCCUCAAACCUCCAACAGCCACGCUCGUCAAACUCACCAAAGAGACUCCUAAGCCCACUCCGAAAACCCUAAACCCAGCUGCAGCCAAUCAGACACAUCCAGCCCCCUCGACCCCCCUUAAGCCUCCAACAGCCACGUUUAUUAAAUUCACCAAAGAGACCCCUAAGCCCACUGUGAAAGCCCUAAGCCCAACUGCAGCCAAUCAGACACAUCCAGCACCCUCUACCCCCCUCAAACCUCCAACAGCCACGCUCGUCAAACUCACCAAAGAGACCCCUAAGCCCACUCCGAAAACCCUAAACCCAGCUGCAGUGAAUCAGACACAUCCAGCCCCCUCGACUCCCCUCAAGCCUCCAACAGCCACGUUCAUCAAACUCACCAAAGAGACCCUUAAGCCCACUGUGAAAGCCCUAAACCCAACUGCAACCAAUCAGACACAUCCAGCCCCCUCAACCCCCCUCAAACCUCCAACAGCCACGCUCGUCAAACUCACCAAAGAGACCCCUAAGCCCACUGUGAAAGCCCUAAGCCCAACCGAAGCCAAUCAGAUUCUUCCAGCCCCUUCAACCCCCCUCAAGCCUCUCACAGCCAGUGGUCCAAAGACCACAACCAAAGACAAACCCUCCAUCACACUGCCGCAUCCCAUCCCCAUCAAGGUGCUCAUCACUUCUGACUCUGGCUGCAUCAGUAAGGACACCCAGAGCGACGCUAGCAACCGCACCAAGGAGCAGACCCAGACCCAUGAGCUGAAGCUGAAGCCUGGCUUUCCUCUAACCCUGACCCACCGCAUCAGUCUGGUUCCUACCUCCUGCACCGGGGGAUGUGUGGCUGAGAUGGCAGCACUGAAAGGACGUGUUGGCAGGCUGGAGAAAGAGAUGUCCCUCAUGAAGAGUAAAUGUGCUUCCUGCUCCAAAGCCCCAUGUCACAAUGACUGCAGUGCGAAUGGGAAAUGUGAGAAGGGAAAGUGUGUCUGCCUCCCAGGGUUCCUUGGUCUAGACUGCAGUAAAUGUACAGCUGGAGCUGACUGCAGUAAAAAAGGUACCAAAGACAAAAUCCAGAUAACGGUGGAGACGGUGGCGUUGAAGGCAUCACCUGAGAGCAGUGCUAUCACAGAGAGUCUGCAGGGGAAGAAGACCAAAGCAGACCAAAUCCUCUUCCAGAAGAAAACAGAGCAAAAGAAACCUACAGCCGCCAAAGAGGAUGGUGACAUCAAAAGCAAAACGAAAGGGACCACAAGUGUAAAAGCAGGGCUCACCAAGACACAAGCCAAACAAGGGGUUACUGUCACUAAAACCAAAACCACCCAUUCCAAUGCUACCAAGACUGGACUGGGCCAACCAACCGUCGGACAGGUUCUGUUGAAACACCAUGGAGGAAGAAAGCAAGAGAGCAAAGGCAAAACGACAGUUAUAAAGAAGCUGUCUAAACCUGACCUGAAGUUGAAAGGAACAGUGAAGGAGGAAUCUGGAGGUAAAGCCAAUGCUGAAGCUGGCAACCUCCAAGACCAGCCUCAAGACAAUGUCACCCAAAGCACUGUGAAGACGUUUGUGAACAAAACCCGGUCAGGAAAAGAGACUCUGGAGCAGUCGACGUUGGCUGAGAAGAAUGUGACUCUAACAUCUGGAAAGAAAACAGUCAAAAAUGUGAAAUUAGUUCAGGGGACUAUGAACGUUACAAAGGUGUCAUUGGCUUUUGAUAUCACUAAGGCUGGGACGGGCAAGAUCACCCUUACAAAGGACAUUAAGACAGAGGCAGACAUCUCCUCAGGCACAUCUAAAACUACUGUGAAGACAGGGUCAGGCAAAGGGAAGCCAGUCCCACGGAAGAGUCAGUAUGUUGUGAACAUGACCACUGUGGAGACCACCUCUGAAGUCAAAGUCUUCAGCAACAAGACAGCAACUAUCCAGUCUUCCAAAAACACCACCAGGAAAGCAGGAACAGGAGUGGGCCGUGGACUUGGCUCUGUGAAGGUUCAGAACAUCACCACGUACGGCUUCACCCUCACAUGGUCGGCCCCAACAGCCAUGUUUAAGAACUUCACUGUGUCCAGAAGAGUGCACAGGGCAGAGGGUGAGGAAGAGGAGGAGGAAGAGGCGGAGGAGGGAGCUGCUCUCAGGGAAGAGGACAGAGUAGCUGGAGUCGUAAACUCCACCAUUGAGAUCCGAAAACAGAGCCCUAAUGGAACCGUGGCUUUCCCCACUAAAGCUCCCGGUAGCUCCAGAGGUAAAGCUCACACAAAGAGGGUGUCCGUUGUUCUCCCCGACAGCGUUCGCUCUGUGGAGUUCAGUAACCUGCGACCUCAGACCCGAUACUCCCUGCACAUAUGUGGCACCACUCCCGGAUCCCGCUCCAAGAUUCACAGAGUAACCACCAUGACAG